UGGACGAGCUGUCCCGGAACUUCACGUACUGGGCGCCGGGCGCCGGCAACGGCUCCCUGUCGGGCGCGUGGUACCGCAGGAACCAGAUUCACCUUUUGGGAGUCUUGCUAGCCAUUUUAGGAAAUUUGGUAAUGAGUAUUUCCCUAAAUAUUCAGAUGGCGCACCGGGAACACCCAAGGCCCUACUUCAAGAGCGUGUUGUGGUGGGCUGGAGCCGCGCUCAUGGCCGUGGGGGAGACGGGCAACUUUGCAGCCUACGGGUUUGCUCCCAUUACUCUCAUCGCUCCGUUAGGCUGUAUGUCUGUUACAGGUAGUGCCAUUAUUUCUGUUAUGUUUCUGAAAGAAAACUUAAGAGCUUCAGAUUUACUAGGUAUGACAUUGGCAUUUGCAGGAACAUAUUUAUUGGUGAACUUUGCUCCAAGCAGAAGUCAGUCUAUCUCUGCAAGAACAGUACAAUAUUACUUCGUUGGCUGGCAGUUCCUGAUCUAUGUGAUUUUAGAAAUAUUCAUUUUCUGCACUCUGCUGUAUUUCCAUAAGAGAAAGGGAAUGAAGCACAUGGUGAUUCUGCUAACCCUGGUGGCCCUUCUUGCCUCACUGACUGUUAUUUCGGUAAAAGCAGUCUCAGGCAUGAUCACUUUUUCUGUGAUGGAUAAAACGCAACUAACUUACCCCAUCUUCUAUAUCAUGUUUAUCAUCAUGAUCGCAUCUUGUGUUUUCCAAGUCAAGUUCCUGCAUCAAGCCACGAAACUCUACAAUACCACGAUCGUGGUGCCUGUCAACCACGUGCUCUUCACGACCAGUGCCGUUAUCGCAGGUAUCAUAUUUUAUCAGGAGUUCCUUGGUGCAGCUUUUCUAACUGUGUUUAUAUAUUUUUUUGGGUGUUUUCUGUCAUUCCUUGGUGUGUUUUUGGUCACAAGAAAUCGAGAAAAGGAACAUCUGCCACAGUCUUACAUUGAUUUUGGAAAUAUUCCUGGGAAACAAAUGUUGGACAAAAUACAACCAGAUUCAAAUGGCUUAUCCUAUGGAACUUUGCCUGAUGGAAGUGACUCAACAAAGAGCCAAAGUGGAGAGAAGAAAGAGGUCUAAACUGCCGAAGGGGAUGGCUGCUGGCCUGUUAUUCGAUACCACCUUUAAAAAAAUCUCCCUUUGUGUCCACAGCUAGUUUAUGCUGACAUGCGUGAGCAUUGCACGCCCUUGACCCCACUCCAUCUGCAGAGGCAGCCGGGGCCUUCCUAAGCUCUGACAGUCUCAUGUCUUCACGGAAUGUAAUUUGAAGUGUUCCCCACACCCUUGAUGUCCCCCUCGCAAACAUCAAACCGGCUAGAUCUUAAUUAGAGCCUGGCUCCCCAAGCAGGACUGUCACACAAAAAUGUGCGCUCACGAUUUGGCUACAGAACACACGGUCUGCUUUUCCCACAUGACUUCGAGCGUCAGCUGCUUUGCUUUAAAGAGACACGUUCAACCCCCAACCUCACUCCUGUACCAAAGGUUUCAGAGCAUUCAUUUCUCCUACAUCUCUUAUGAGCCUCCCCCAUAAGAUCUCACCUUUCUAGUCAUAAGUUAGAACGGUGACUCAUCUUUUCUGAAAAUGAGCCCUAUUAUAACUUUCCUUUGAAAAUUAAGUGUAUCUUUAAAACGAGAGUUUAUAAGUGGCAUUCUGUGAUGGUGUGUAUACCUUGGCGGGUGAACUUUCUCAGAUUAAGAAAGGAACAAUUUAAGAAUUAAGACCAAUUUUUCAAAAAACAUAGAAUGAUGGACAUUUUCUUCAGCUAUAUGAUCCUAUUAUACUUGAAUUGAAACUGAAAACUUCAUAUCUUAUGCCGACAUUUGUAUAGUUCUUAUGACUUAUCUAGUGGAUUUAUUAUAUGUUUUAACUCUUGAAGCAAGUCUCAAAAAGUGUAUUUAAAUUCUUAAUGUUAUUUUCACUAGCACACCAUUUCCUCCCCCAAGUUAUAAUCCCAAGCUUUAUAAAUUCUUCUAGGCAAGAGUACAGCUAUGAGUAGAGAAUUGGAUUUUAGCCACUUAAAUCUGCAGAUAUAGCCAGGUGGCCCAACCUGUGUCUAGAGAGGAAGGCCAUGGGCUCCUGUCCCCGGAAUGGCUUUUCUGCUAUGACUAGUCACUUAUCUACUAAGAUUCAUUUGCAGGUAGAGUCCAUAAUCAUAUAUGUUAUUUAUGAUCUAAUAUAUUUAAAUGACAAGAAAAGAUCUAGCCUUCAUUGUAAGCAACAUCAAGUAAGAAAACCUGUCCUUAAUGACAUUUCAAAAGCUUCCAGUCACUUCUGACAUGUCAAAGUUGUUCCAGCCAGUUGUCUUGCACUUGUAAAUGUUGUGUAACUCAGAGCUAUUGAGACUGGAAUCUUAACUGCUUUGGGUCUUUUAGCUUUGUUUUUUUGUCAUAACCUAUACCCCUGGCCACACCUGGCCACAAAAAAAAGGCAAGAUUCGAAUCCAUCACCAAUGUAUGAACAACAACCUAGAGCCCGUGUCUGGCUUUUGAACUCCUGGUAAGAAUGCCUGCUCUUGUGGAAAGUAUCCCCUAAUUCAAAUAAAGCAGCCAUAUAACUUAUGGCAUGUUUUACUGAAUUGGUCCAACAUGUUGGCACUGGAAGGCUCAGCUAAGAAUGUGUCUGGUGUCUUAAACUACAGAUUUCUGAUGACUCUCAAAACUGGUUUCAAAGAUUGCACAAAUAUUUAGACCAAAGAGUUUCACUUGAAGUAGGACUACAUUUAUAGCUACAGCACGUGGUUUUGAGCAUUGUAGAAUUUUGUACAGACGCAAGCAUGAUGCCAGUACUUUAGUAGUUGCCAACAUUCGCAUCUUUUAAAAAUUUUGAGAAAUGACAUUGACUUAUGCACAUUUAAGCUAUCCAGCAAUGCUUUAGAAGUCCAGGCAACAUAUAAAAUAUAUUGAGACCUAAUUUUACUUUCCAUGCUGCUUCUUCAAAGCAAGGUGAAUAAGAGUUUUAGUUGUACUGGCUCGUAAGAUUUUUUAAAUUACAAAGUGCAUGACAACAACCAAAGCCAACCCAGUCCUUCUCUUGGCAUUGUGAAUUGGGGACCUUUAGCCAACAACUUGACUCAUUUGACUAUUUGUCUAGACGAGGGGUCUGCAAGAUUUUCCUGUAAAGACACAGAGAGUAAAUAUUUUUGGGUUUGUUGGCCAACGUUGCCUGUCGCAACUACUCAACUCUGUCAUUCUAGCAUGAAAGCAAACAUAGCUGAUAUGUAAAUGAAUGAGCAUGGCUGUAUGCCAGCAAAAUUUUAUUUACAAAAACAGGUGGUCAGCCCUAGGGCUAUAGUUUGCCAAUCCCUGAUCUAGAUUAUUCCUUUGCCCUUGCUAUGCAGCUUCUUUCUCGUUCCUUGCGCAUUCAGGAGUUGAGAAGGUGACACUUCAUGAUUUCAUGACAAACUAGGACGCUAUGGGAUUGUGGAGCCAAGUCUUGAUAUUUAUAUUAGGAUCUUAUUGCUUACACAAGAUACAGAGGGAAGCAAUGCCCAAGUUUCUCUUGAAAGCAGUGGUUCAGGGAAGCCUGGGUGGCUCAGUCAGUUAAGCAUCUGCCUUUGGUUCUGGUUAUGAUCCCAGGGUCCUGAGAUCGAGCCCUGUGUCAGGCUCCCUGAUCAGCGGGGAGCCUGCUUCUCCCUCU